GCACUUUAUCAUAUACCAUAACCCCAACCCCAACCCCAUAUAUAUAUGUAUGAACUACUUAGUAUUGCAUAUUAAAGAAGAAACAAAAAAUGACGUCUACAUCGACCGGGAAGCUUAGUGACUCCAUAGCUGACAACAUACGCAAUGCCUUGAAGCAGAGCCAGUCUUACAUGAAACGUUGCUUUUCUAAGUACAUGGAGAAAGGAAAAAGGGUUUUGAAAGCCCAUGAAUUGAGGGAUGAAUUUGAAAAAGUAAUGGAUGAUAAAAAUGAGACCUUGGGCACCAUGUUUUCUUCAGCUCAGGAAGCGGUUGUUACUCCACCUUAUGUCACCUUUGCCGUAAGACCGACUCCGGGAUGUUGGGAGUUUGUUAAGGUGAACUCCGUCGAUCUCUCCGACGUCAAACAAAUAUCCUCCGCCGAGUACCUGAAACUCAAAGAGACGAUCGCCGAUGAGAAUUGGUCGAAAGAUGAAAAUGCAUUAGAGGUGGAUUUUGAAGCAUUUGAUUUCUCGAUGCCAAAAUUAACAUUGGCUUCUUCUAUUGGAAAAGGACUUAAUUUUGCGUCAAAGUACAUUACUUCUAAGCUAAGUGGAUCUGUGGAUAAUGCCCAGCCCCUUGUAGAUUACUUACUCUCACUCGAAUAUCAAGGAGAGAAACUUAUGAUAAACGAGACACUUAACACAGCAGCAAAGCUUCAAUUGGCUCUUAUAGUAGCUGAAGUUUCCCUCUCAGAUCUUCCUAGGGAUACCCCAUACCAGAGUAUUGAGCUAAGGUUCAAGGAGUGGGGAUUCGAGAGAGGGUGGGGUGAUACGGUUGAAAGAGUGCAUGAAACGAUACGGUCACUCUCGGAAGUGUUGCAAGCACCUGAUCCACAGAAUUUGGAAAAGCUUUUUAGCAAACUUCCCACCAUAUUCAAGGUUGUAAUCUUCUCUCCUCAUGGAUAUUUUGGACAAUCAGAUGUGCUUGGUUUGCCAGACACUGGUGGACAGGUUGUUUAUAUUUUGGACCAAAUGAGGGCCAUGGAGGAAGAAUUGGUUCUCAAAAUCAAAUCCCAAGGCCUCAAUAUUAAGCCUCAAAUCUUAGUGGUCACAAGACUCAUACCUGAUGCCCGAGGAACUAAGUGCAACCAAGAGAGGGAGUCCAUCAUCGGCACCAAAUACAGUCAGAUCCUCCGAGUGCCUUUCAGGACUGAAACCGGUAUCCUACGCCGAUGGGUUUCGCGUUUCGACAUUUAUCCUUAUCUCGAGACGUUUGCUCAGGAUGUUACAUCCAAGAUCUUGGAUGCAAUGGAGGGUAAACCAGACCUUAUUAUUGGAAACUACACUGAUGGGAACUUAGUAUCAUCUCUAGUAGCUAGCAAACUUGGGAUAACACAGGCUACGAUUGCGCAUGCUUUAGAGAAGACGAAAUACGAGGAUUCAGACAUCAAGUGGAAGGAACUUGACCCAAAGUAUCAUUUUUCAUGUCAAUUCAUUGCUGAUACAAUUUCAAUGAAUGCUGCAGAUUUCAUUAUAGCAAGCACAUACCAGGAGAUUGCAGGGAGCAAAGAGAGACCUGGACAAUAUGAGAGUCAUGCUGCAUUUACACUCCCAGGGCUCUGUAGAGUUGUUUCAGGCAUCAAUGUUUAUGACCCUAAGUUCAACAUCGCUGCUCCCGGUGCCGAUCAAUCUGUGUAUUUCCCGUAUACGGAGACCGGAAAACGAUUCACAUCAUUUCAUCCUGCAAUUGAAGAACUUCUGUACAGUAAAGUGGAUAAUGAUGAACACAUUGGUUAUCUAGCAGACAGGAAGAAACCUAUAAUUUUCUCAAUGGCAAGACUUGAUACAGUGAAGAACUUGACUGGAUUAACUGAAUGGUACGGUAAAAACAAAAGGCUAAGAAGCUUGGUCAACCUUGUAAUAGUAGGAGCCUUCUUUAAUCCCUCUAAAUCAAAAGAUAGAGAAGAAAUGGCUGAAAUAAAAAAGAUGCACGCACUCAUAGAGAAAUACCAACUCAAGGGCCAAAUCCGAUGGAUAGCCGCGCAGACAGACCGUAACCGAAACGGCGAACUCUACCGUUGCAUUGCCGAUACAAAGGGUGCAUUUGUUCAGCCAGCUUUAUAUGAAGCAUUCGGUCUUACAGUGAUCGAAGCAAUGAACUGCGGUUUGCCGACCUUCGCAACCAAUCAAGGAGGCCCUGCCGAGAUCAUUGUGGACGGAGUUUCCGGUUUCCAUAUUAAUCCCACAAAUGGAGAUGAAUCAAGCAACAAAAUUGCUGAUUUCUUUGAGAAAUGCAAAACCAAUCCUGCAUAUUGGAAUCAGUUCUCAGCUGAUGGAUUGAAACGCAUAAAUGAAUGCUAUACCUGGAAAAUAUAUGCAAACAAGGUAUUAAAUAUGGGAUGCAUGUAUGGGUUUUGGAAACAAUUGAACAAAGAUCAGAAACAAGCUAAACAGAGAUACAUUCAAGCAUUUUAUAAUCUAAUGUUCAGGAAUCUGGUAAAAAAUGUUCCUUUAGCAAGUGAUGAAACUCAGCAACCAGACUCAAAGCCAGCAGACAAACCACAGCCUACACCGAGCACCAAGCGAUCGCAGUCACGACUUCAAAGGUUGUUCGGAGCUUAGUCAACACAGCUGUAUAUUGAUCAACACUGAUCUGCAAUGGUGGAUGUUUAUUUGUUUCAUUUGGAGAUUAUGGUUACAUUAUUAAUCAUCAUGUAAUAAUUUGUUUCAAAAUAAGAUGAAAAAAAAGUACUUUGAGGCCA